CCAACUGCUAUCAGUCAAUCAGAUGCGGUGUUGUGAAAUAUUGCGAUGAGGAAUAUACAUAACCAAAUAAGCAUUGAAGGUCAUAAUUACAGGCAUUCUGUGUUACAAGGGUCUUUAUCGAGUUAAGUCAAUUUCAAUCACCAUCAGCUAUCGUUAUCAGGAUGUGUUGUUAUAUCGUAUAUACGAAGGCAAAGACACCUUGUACAGUACAUCAGAAUGACUGCCAUAUCAGGACCAGUACGACUUCCACUGAAUCGCAGGCAUCAGACGUUGAAGUCCGGACAGAUUUGCAAAAUAGCUCAUGUUUUCAGGAGGACAAGCUGUCGAAUGAUGUGAAGAAAAUCAAGAAUAAUUGUACACGCUGCAUACUGACAGUGGCUCGCAAUGGAGAAAAUGCAAUUGCGAAACAACGUAGAACAGAGGAGCAGCUUCAGCAGCACGCACUGGCUUUAUCUAAAGUACAAGAAGAACACAAUACGACAAGGACGACCGUCAGACAGAUAGAGGAAUACAAUCGUAGACAACAGAGAGUUGUUUGGCCUGCAUAUCAUCCGGCGGAAGCCAAAAUUGGCCUUCUGUGGAAAAUCAAGGACUACCGACAGAAGAAGGAAAGGAACGAAUGCGAAACCAGCCACUCGUUUCUAUCUUCACGAUAUGGCUAUACAAUGUGUGUACAGAUUUACUUCAAUGGGAAUGGGAGUGGAAAAGGGUUUCAUUUAUCUAUUUUCUUUGCCCUCGUUAGAAGUGAAAUAGAUGACAUACUGACAUGGCCAUUUAGUCGCAAAGUAAAAUUGAUGAUCCUAGAUCAAACUGGCGGUGGCUGUCAUCACGUAGAUGAAUGUAUUCCAAACAGCAGAUCGAAAAAUUUCGAAAAACCACAGGAACAUAUGAACAUACCUGUUGGCUUUGAAAGGUUUAUGACCCAUUUGAAGCUUGAGACUCCACAAUAUGUGAAAGAGAACACGUUGUGUCUCAUGGUAGACGCAGAAUACAUGUAAAUUAAUGAAGUAUUAUACUAGGAACUUACAGUUUGCCCCAUAUUAAUAUUUUUUGUGUAUAGGGAUAUAUAAUUAAAUAGUUUGUAUAAUUUCAUACGCAAAUCGUCUUUACAACAAAUGUUCAUUCGUUCGUUUUUUAAUUUGUUCACAUUUUAUAAGUUAUUGCGGCAACUUAGGUCAUGUAAGUGCUAUGUCUACGAUGAUGGAGUUACUCAUGGUCACUAUUGGGGUAUGAAAACACAAGAAAUCCAAUUCAGUCUCCAGGCUAACCAACCCUUAUCGCCAACCACCUACAGUAAAUUUGAAAGUCAAGCAGGAAGCAGUGAGUACCGCUUUAGAUAUAUACGUUAUUAUUUUGUUGAUGGUAUAGAUCCGAUGAUAGCCUUGCUUUGGCGAACGCUCAAUUUGAUUUUUUGAGGUUCAACGUCCCAUCAACAGCGAAUGUCAUUAUUAAGGUCGAGGUUAUACGUCUUGCUUACGAUAAUUCCGAUGUAGGGAUCCGUGGGCUUCAUAAGGUUAAGGCUCAUGAGGUUCCAGUUCUGGCUACAUUUUGGGCUCUCCUUAAUUAAUCAUUGCUUUGAGGUUCGUAAUACAUUGUACGCUGCAUGUAAUAAUUAUUUCUUCAAGGAAACAUUUUACAAAAUUAUAAUAACAACAUCAUUUAGCUUCUAAUAACCGUUACUUUAUAAUCCACUUCACAACGCAUGUGUUCAAUUAUAGACUGUAGUUCUCUGACACGUUAGACUAUUUUAAGACAAUUGAUUUCUAGUAAUUAUUUCAAAAGUGAUAAGUUAUGAUAGCUUUUUAAUACUGAUGUUCCACACUUGGCUAAACUUUACCUAUUUAAGAGAGUUAUACGUUAUCCAUUUAAUUAAAACAUUAUGUUUCUUACUUUCGGAAUAUCGAUGAGCAUACAUUUCUAGUUAACUGCUUUCUUGUAUUCAAAAUGUAUUCGAUACAAAAACUUGUAUGCAGAUAUAUCAAGAUAUAAUUGGUUUAUUAUCAACUCGGUUACCUCCGAAAAAUAUGCAAAUGAACACCAGAGUGAGUGAGAUACGAUACAGGUCACAAUGGGAGGUAACACACAUUGUCUUGUUUAGGUAUGCGCAACAAGUUUAAACUAUUUUCUUUGUAUUUUGCUGGUAAACACAAUAAUGUCAUCAAUAACCACAUAGUAGAUAAAUGGCUAAGCGAGUUUUUGUUCUCGAGACAAUGCAAAAGUAAAUAUAUAAAUCAAGUACAAAUAGAGAAAAAAAA